CGUAACUGGACGGAGCGUCUACUAUUUGUGCCUUGACCCUUGCAGUUAUUGGUCCAUUUAAAAAAGGAACAGUGCUCAGUGCUAAAUUUAAAGGAAAUUGAAUGUGGAAUUUUUUGGCGCGAAAUAAGCAAGCUGCCGCCAUGUUGGCUGUUUUGACGGUGGCCGCUGUGGUGGUCAUAUUUUUGACCACGCGGGGAUCCAGUUACAGCAUAGUUGAAAAUUUCGACGUUGAGCCCAAUGAUGUAAGCCAAGAACCUCAGGUUUUUUCUACGUACAACCUGCCCACAGACGAUCGUUUCAUGCCUUCAGUCGGCAACGGCCAUAUUGCCACCAAUAUAUUCAGCGACACUGUAUACAUGAACGGGGUCUACAAUGGCCGUAAGGGUGAAAGUCGACGAGCAAGAAUACCGGCCUGGGCCAACAUUCGGCUGAACUCCACUUUAACUCAUCACCCUUAUAGUCCUGUGUAUAGCCUAGAUACAAGAGACGGAGUGUUCAAAGUGGUUGUUAAUCGAGACAGAUCAGUUGUAACACAAAGGAUUUAUGCGCACAGAUAUUACACAAGAGCUAUUAUCAAUCAGAUUGAAGUGGUGCCCAAAACUAGAGCAGAUCCUAACUUCGUUCACCACGAAAUAUGGAUUGCUGUCAAAUUAAUGCCUGGAUCUGACAGUAAGGACAUCGCCUUUGUGUCCCCAACUCCCGAGGUCCUCGAAGGCCGCACGGUCUGGAGUGCCUGUGGAAAGACCAGGGUGUCAGAAGACCCAAUAUACCAGCCAAUGCCGGUUGAAGUCUGCGCCUAUUGGACGUCAGUGCCUGAUCAUUUGGUUGUUCCGCAUCAUGGAAAACGAGUGUUCACUUUUGUCAUGACUGCAGAUAAAAAUGAAACAGUAGCGAGGCAGGAGUUCAUUAAAGUAUUGCAGGAAGACGGCGAGGAGUUGUUCCUGAAGCACGUGGAACAGUGGCAUCGCCUGUACCAACAAGCUGGCAUGGAGAUACAGGGGAACCUUUACUUGUCAAAGAUAGUAAACGGGAUCUGGUACUACUAUCUCAGCUCCCUACCGUCCGAAGAUACUUACCAACCUUCUGAUAGAUUCUUUGGUCUUAGUCCUACUGGGCUGGCUCGAGGUGGCUCUUUCGAAGACUAUGAAGGACACAAUUUCUGGGAUACAGAAAUGUGGAUAUUCCCGACGAUAUUGCUGCUGUACCCUCAUUAUGGUCAGAAACUUCUGCAGUACAGACUAGAGACGGCGUUUGUUGCAGCUGAACUUGCUAAAAUAACUGGAAAUAAGGGAUACAGGUUUCCCUGGGAGAGUGCCUAUACAGGCGGAGAGGUGACACAGCCGUGUUGCCCGGAGGUUGCUGAGUUUGAGCAACAUGUGACUGGCUGCAUUAGCUUUGCUGCUCGCCAAUAUAUGGCAGUCACCAGAGAUGAAGAAUGGCUAAAGCACGGUGGAUGUUCGAUUGUGGCGAAUAUAGCGGAGUUCUGGGCAUCUCGAGCUGUCAUUAACUAUACAACAGGACUCUAUGAUAUCGAAAAUGUGAUGGGGCCAGAUGAAGAUCACAGCAACAUCACAAACUCCGUGUUCACCAAUAUCGUCGCUGGCUAUUCACUAUAUUUAGCACAAUACGUAUCAUGUCUCUGCAAGGAUUAUUUCAUAGCAAAGCAACCUGACCGCUGGGCAGACAUAGCCUGGAGUCUGGCACUACCUUACGACCCUGUGUUGGACUACCAUCCACAGUUCUCAGGAUACAAACGUGGUGACACCAUCAAGCAAGCUGACGUGGUUUUGAUGGGAUAUCCCCUGCAGUAUCCUAUGAAUGCGUCAACGAGGGCAAACGACCUAUCAUACUACGAAAGAGUAACGCGCGCCAGUGGACCAGCUAUGACGUGGAGUAUGCAUGCCAUCGGACAUCUUCGACUGGAAGACAAUCAUAAAGCUGCACUACUAUUUAACAACAGUUAUGAAGCUUAUGUGCGGGAACCUUUUAAGAUUUGGAGUGAGUACCGUCGUCCUCACGUGGGUGCUGUCAACUUCCUCACGGGGAUGGGCGGUUUCCUGCAAGCGUUGGUGUUCGGUUACGGUGGUGUUAGUGUCCAUUUAGACAAGAUGAUGAUCACCAAGCCACAGCUGCCCCCAGAAGCAACAAGCUUUAAAAUAAAAGGUAUAAAGUACCUGGGCGCCGAUCUUACCCUGGAUAUAGGCGUGGAGGGGAGCUCGCUGUCGGUGACGUCACUGGAUGACACGUGGCCGCUCAUCAUGUUCAACGGGAAGUACAACAUCACCCUCGUACCAGGAUUGUCGGUGAUUCUCUCUGGCUCCGGACCGUUCACAAUACGCUCGCUACCGUGGAAGGAUUGCAAACUACCCGCAGAUAUCAUCGGACAGAACUACCUCCGGCCGAUAGGCUCGUGAUCUUAUUAAAAUAUUUAUUAUA